ACAAAAGAUUUCAAAAUUAAAUACCAUGUCGCGAAUAUGAAUACAAAGAAAUGUACUGUAGUACCAGUUCCGGAACCGCCGCCGCCUGAUCCCUGCACGUUACAACGGAUACGAUUGAAGGAAAAAGCUGGUAUUAAAAUAUGUCCAAAGAAACCAAUUGAACAACCUCGUCCUCCACCCCCGUGUCUGGCCAUUUGCAUAGAAAAAAUAAAGAACCCUCCUGUAUCCCCCAAGUCAGAUACAACAGUCGUUUGUACAGUCGAUAGAGAGAUAACAACCACUGCUAGGUGCGAUCGAAUUCUUGAGGCCACUGCUGCUCAUCCGGACCCAUCUUGGCCCAGCUGUCCAAUACCAUCGCUCCCUCCACCACCCCCACCGUAUGAUCCCUGCGAAGAACAACGCAGAAGAGAAAAGGCGGAAGAGUGUAAAAGAAGAAUGAAAAGAUAUUUGGAAUAA